GACCCUUCGCAACUGACAAUGCCUUUAAACAAGCGGUCUUAGUCUAUUUCAGCUUUAACUCUACAGGACGAAAACGGAGUCUCACCACCUAUCUCUCCAGCAUCCUUAAUCCCUCCCUUAGAACCCUUUUCUGUACCCCUCCGACGGAGAAUCGCGGGCUGGCAGGCUGCCGCAUCAAUGGCGGUCCCCGAAAUCAGUCCCGCGAUGGCCUACCAGCCCAUCGGCUCGCCUAGUCUGGGGUACGGCAACGAUGACGGGGACAAUGAACGGAAGUGGAUGACCACCUUUAGUCUCACCACGACAUUCCGCAUUCUGGUUGCUUUAUUUGCCUUUGCCGAUAUCGUGGCCUCGAUUAGUCUGCGCCUCACCAGCGGCUCGGGCCUCUUCGUUGUCGUCUUCAUCGCGCUGUUUUUGGUUCUUGGUUGGAACCUCGCCCUCCUCCAGCCCCGUUCCCGUUUCAUUCGGGCACUCCCUGCCGUCUCCUGCCGGGUCGGGGACUACAUUUGUGGCUUCAACGGCGAUGACGAUCAUGAUGAGCGACUUGAAAAGCCCAGGAGCAAAAAGCAGAAGCGGGCAAAGCUGAUACUCGUUGCCUUUGUUGACUUGGUCUUGGGGCUCAUUGUUACUAUUGCAUGGUGUAUGCCGGAAGGGAUUGGCUGGAGACUUGUUUCGUACUGGUGGUACGGGGGCGUCAGGGACUCGGAGUGCCUCCUUCCAUUAAUCAUGACUUUAGGCGCGUUGCAGUUUGCUCUUGCAGUGAUUUCCCUCGUCGCCUGUUUUUGGAGCCUCGACUUCAAGCUUGGUGUUGUCUUGAGAUAUAUCGAUGACCCUGAUAGACACCAUCGCAUCCAGCUCGCCCCUGAUACUGAGGAUCGCCGAACCGCUGGUGGCACCGUGUCCGUUGCUGCUUGAAGGUUAGGUAGGCAUGGCUCGCGGACAAUGGUUUCUGGGAUAACUGGGUUGGUGAGCGGGUACGGCGUCGCAUAGGCAGCUGAGCAGGAGAUGUUGCCGGGGGGGGGGGAUCUCUUGACGUGCAAAUAUUCAUCCGGAGAAGGUUUUGGAGUCAUUCAUUUCCAUCAAGAUCCUAGAAGGUGAUGGUAGCGCGGUCGUAUUUUCAAAGGAAUCAGUCUGGGAACUCAUCAGGGAGGAGGAAUUUGGGUUGUUAGCAGUAGCGCCGGCCGUGCUGGCCACCAACGGUUGUCCUUAACGCUUUCGCGGAUACCUAACGCAUCCCGCCUUUCUAUCCCCGUUGAAACAGUCACCUCCU